AUGAUUGUUUCGUUAAAGGAGGCAAGUCGUUUACUCCAGGAAGCCGGUAAUGUUUUUACUUCAGAAAUGAUUGAGUACUUCACUGUACCAGAAGUUGAUCGCUUCUUGGUCACAAUCCAAAUGGAAACUUUGCCUUGGGUUGUCCCAAUACAGGUGAUACAAGCUGAAACGGAUGUUAUUCCAGCACAACGAUCACAACAUAUAACAGCUGAUCCCAGCAUGAAUUCAAUUACUGAUAAUGAAAAUGUACCUUUCGACUCAAAGAGAACAAACCCACGUUCAUUUGAAUUCGAUUUCAAGUUCCGAAUUUUUGCUCAGAAUGAAUAA